AGUAAAGUCAGCGGUACACUUGUUUUCACGCUAGAUUGCUUGCUGGAUGGAAAUACUGAUUGGUGUAUUACCAUCCAUUUUUGGAAAUGCACCAACCAGUAUUUCUAUCCAGCAAGCAAUCCAGCGCGAAAACAAGCAUCGUGUGCCGCAGCGUUAAAGUGAGACAAAGCGUCUCAUUCUAACUUAUUGCAGCAGUUCAGCAAUGAAGUUAAGAAGAACAGACCAAGUGUGAUGAGUGGUAAAUAAAUGUCAAAAAAUUAAGUCACUUUGGAAAAGGAUAUUCUCGAAUGUGACAAAUUAAGCGCGAUGUCUUGUCAAAUUAAAGGAAUUGCGAACAUACCGGACAUAAGUAACAUUAAGAAAUUGCUCUAUGGUGAUGCCAUUAGCAAGUUCGAUUAUGUGCCGAGCAAUGAAUUACCUCUGCAAGACUGUCAUGUAUCAUUGUCAUCAGUUGGAGAUGUGCUUGUUAUGGCAUGGAAUACAAAAAUGAUUAUAUUUGUUUCAAGAUGGGAUUCGCAAGAGUUAGACGAUGUAAAAAAUAAAUUUCACAUAACAUGGCACGGAGAAGUAGUGAAAGAACAAAACGAAUGGAUAACAUCAGUGAUCUGCUUGCCUUUAAUAUCUUUAGGAAAGGCCAGUGGCCCGGAUUGGACUUGUAUAGCUGUUGGAUAUAACACAGGUUUUGUUAGAUUCUACACCGAAACAGGCGCAAUGCUUUUGGGAGAACAGAUUCACAAUGAGUCAAUUCUGGGAAUAAAAUGUCAGUCGUUCUGUUCGGUGAAACACGGAGAUGCUGGCUAUAGCGAAGAAAUCUAUAUCUUUUACAACAGCGGUGUCUGCAUAUUGCAGGGAUUUCCCUUAUUCUCGACUUUACGUGCCUGUAGAAACCACUUAGCUAGAGUCCAAGCGAAGUGCGACGAUAUGCCGCCGGUCACGAGUUUAUCAUACAAGAAAUGGGCAUUCAAGAGCCAAGACAUCUCGAAUGAUUCGGAAGUAAUCGGCACAACGUCGAUAAAUAGCUUCGAUCAUUUGAUGACCGCUUCGAUUUGCGGCGGAUACAACGCAACGUACAGAUCCAGCGCGCCGCAACACAAUUUGGUCCUCGCUACGGGGAAACGGCCGUUCGUAGGAUUCCAUUACGCGCUCGAAGGCGGCAACGCGCCCGUCUUGUCGGACGUUGCCAUUGCUAUGGCCAGCAAACUGGCCAGCGCUAUCGGCACGGCGGUACCAUGGUUUCGCAGCAGCUCGAAGAAUGCGACACCCGAGACGUUGAAGAGCAACGUUCACGAUUCCGUGGAAACGAUGGCUUGUCGGUUCGGCUUAAGCGACAUCAUGAGGGAGGGCGAUUGCAUCACCUGCAGUCCGAAUAAGAUGUUAUCGGUUAUAUCGGACGCCAUGGGCCGAGUGAUACUCAUCAAUAACAGGAAGGGUAUAGCUGUGAGAAUGUGGAAAGGAUAUCGCGAUGCUCAAUGCGGCUGGAUCGAGGUCAACGAAGAGAGAGAUCGGGGGAUCCACAAGAAUAUCAAUAGACACGUGCAGAAAACCCCGUUGCGCACCACUCUGUUCCUCGUUAUUUACGCCCCGAAAAAAGGUGUGAUAGAUAUUUGGAGCAUACAGCAGGGCCCGAAGAUCACUACUUUUACUGCCAGUAAAAACGGACGAUUAUUGUACAUCAACUAUGGUUUCCUGGGCAUGAACGACAACGCUGCUGUUGUGUCUAAGAACAAAGCGCAAUACUCGUGCGUGUUUAUGGAUCCGCUGGGCGGACUGAAAGAAAUUUGCGUCCCAUUUCAUUUCGCGCUCAAUAGCAAAAAUGGAAAACGUGCGCGCGACAUACAUCUGCUUAGGAAACUGAGGACGUUCCUGCGAGAGGAGGAAUUCGACGAGGAAAAAUUGAUUUCCGAGGUCACCAACACCUGUUUGGAGUUAAAGACCAAUGAGAUCAGGAUACAGACAACGGAGGUAUUGAUGAACAGCAAACAUAUUUUGCCGAACGCUUUGCUUGCCGCAACGAACUGUUUCGUGGCGAAGUCGCAAGAGGAGGGAGAAGAGGAGGAAAAAUUGGAACUUACUGCCAAGAUGCUCUAUCAAUUAACGACGCAAUUACAGCGAAUGGUCACAUUUUAUAAAUACGUUAAAUCCCAACUCGACACCGCGCCCGAAUACGACAUGGUGACAGCCGGUGGUGCGCCGAACGCCAGAAGUUUGUCCUCGAUACUGUUUACUUCAGAGCGGGAGAUACACCGUAUCAUGAAAUUGGCCAAGACGUUGAACAGCUUUGAGGACGCAAAUGCUUCAACGGAAACUAAGGUCAAGUUUCAAGAGGACGGGAAGGCGUUUUUCGACUUUCUCUCGUGCUUCGAAUUCGGCGCCUCGAGAUUGAUCGAUCUACGGAAGGAUUUGAAGGAGGAGAAGAUACACGAGAUCGCGCGCCUGAUCUACCAAGGAUGGAUGUACUCUAACGAUGUGAAAGAGAAAUGGCAACAGGCUGCUAAAGACAGUAACAUUCAGCCAUUCAUAUUCAUGCAAUUGGCAUUGAUCUAUUGGACGCGCAAGAGGGAAGUCGUGGUUUCUGAGGUGGAGCUGAAACGCUUCACGCAGCUUCUGCAUGUCAUCUGUUUGUUAACCGACGUGGAGGGAAUAUGUGUCGAGUACAACGAAGCCUCUUUGUGGUGGAGAAAUGUGCGCGCAAUCCUCACGGAAUCUACGGAACCUUUCAAUGCGCUCACCGCCGCACUGGCAUGCAGGGCGAACGCCGUGAUCAUGGAAAGGUAUAAGGAAAAGUUGCAAUAUCAGAAGUCUCUGGGAAUUAGCGAGGACGAAGGGGAGGACGUUAAGAAUGGGAAUAAUACGAUGAAGAUGGAUGAAGUAGAAACGCAUGACAUUACGCCGGACGACGAGACGCACAGUUCAAACAGCGAAUGGGAAAAUGUUAGUAAAGACACUUGUCAAUUUACACUGUUGAUCGGCAAUCUCGAAGACGUUACCGUUCUGAAUGCUGUUGUUAGCCAGCAGUUUUUACCAGACCAAACGACGCAAUUCUUUACUCUACCCUUUACAAAAUGCGACGUUUCAUUGUCGUUGAUCCUCUCCAAAGGCAAAGGCUCCGUGUCAGAAUUGGUCGCGAAGUGGCUCAGUACAACGGGCAUCGAUCCGGCACGGUUGAUCGACACAACCGACAUCGAGUUCGAUCAGCUGCAGUUAUCAAUGGAUUCGUUGCAACUAAAUGACGCGCUGGAUGAGGCGUCCGCUAUUGAUGUACCUCAGCAAGAACAAACGAAACUUCUUUCGUUGUCUGUGGAGAUCGGAGACGAAGCGAAAGUCGAUUCGACCGCGGAAGCGUGCAUUUUAGACAAUAUGGUUAUGCUGAAACGGCACUUCCCGUACAGUUUAACGAGCAGCGUCUUACUGGCCAAUCUGUGUUGGGAGUUCGCGAUGUCGUGGAACAAAGAUGUAUCUCAAUUAGAAUCGCUAGCAGCUGCUUUGGCUGUUUUACGACAGAUCCCCAUGAAGCAUAUGAGACACGGCGUUUGCUGUCUGCUAUGGACGCUUCACAUAAAGAAACGCAUGGAGGCGGCGGCGAAGCUGAUGAACAAACUCGGAAAACUACCCAAGGAAAGAUUGUGCAUGCAAGACAUCGGCCUAUCGGACAUUCAAAUGACAACGUUCCUACAACACUGCAUCACUUUCCUGGAUAUAUUUCUCGAUGCUGAGAUACUCGAACGGGGAGACAGCGCGACGAUCAAAUCGGAGGAAUUGUGGGAGGGGCACCCCGGUGGACCGCAACCGUUCGCCACAUUGGCCAUCUCUCAGACGCCAGCUUGGUACGACUUGGUUUUGUUACAUGUGCAAGUGGCUAACGUCUUGUACAUGAUAGCGUGUCUCAAUCUGAAGAUGCUGAAAUCAUUGAAUAACCUGUUUGAAUCCGUGGUGCAGCCCUAUUUCUUUCAAGAUAUCACGGACAAAGCGAUGCUUACCUGGUACCGGGACGAUAAGAGGGAUAAUACGCGCACGGAAUUUUUAUGUAAAGUAAUCACAGCGUCGAUGGAAUUCAUCCAUCGAGAGACCAGCGACGGUACGACGGUUAGCUCCACGCAAGCUAUCUCAUGGAUGGGCAAGUGUCAGACUUUGGCGUCCAUCUGGAAGAUUAACAACGACGAAUUGAGAAUACAUCAGGUCUGUCAGUUGUACGUAAACGGCUUCGAUCGUCUGGCGGAAGAGAUAAUGACGGCGGUAAGCGACGUCGAACGCUUGGCUGCGGAUCUGCUGCCCGUAGCUGGAAGAAGAAUGAUGGCGUAUCUCUCGAGAACACCUAAUCUCCUGGAAGAGGUCUCACGAAUAAGUCCGGCGCUCACGAGAUAUCUGGAGAGCCUGAACAUGCCCGGGGUGAUCUUUACGAAUUGCUCGAACGAUGACACCGUGGAACUGAUUCGCCGGGUGUCGGUGCAUUUACCUAAAACUCACUGUGAUUAUCAUCUCGCGGAGUUGAUGUUAGACGCGACGUUCAUUUAUCAGGGCAACCGCUAGAUUCUCGACUCUGUCACGUAUCCUAUGACAAUGUAUGAGGAUUCCGUGAAGCUGCGCGACAUGUAUAUAGUGUUACAACGAAAUGACAUUGCUGGAGUAAUUCUGCGAUUUUGAGGUAACGUGUCUCCUAAUGAAAAAAGACGCACUACCUACGUUCUUGUGCAUGGUAAUGCGAAAGUCAGUGAGAAUGAAACUACAAGCUCGUGAGCGGCUUAAUUACACGCCGCGAGCGACAAUCCUGGCACAGCGUUUCUCGCUUCUUAUCCCGGUAUUCACGGUUAGAUUUUAUGUUUAAAGUCGUCUUAGGUUCAUCUUCAGAUGCUGCGUAGCCAAUAGGCUUGUUCUUAGCUGAACUAGUGUUACACUGAAACUUCACUCCUUUCCCCUUCAAUGCUAGGUAUUAUACAUUUGUCUCGUUCUAAAGAUAAAAUAGUAGUCUAAUCGGCUAAAACAAACAAACCUAAUGGAAUGAAACGUCUGAAGAUAAACUUAAAACAGUCUUGUGGUCGUUCAACAAUAGCGUCAAGUAUGCAGUAAGACGUAAGCUUAUAGUAAUUGACCAACUGGAUUCUUACCCCUUGUCCGCAAUCUUGCUUGAAAACGUGAGCAGUAAUCAAAUUGACCAACUACGGUAGUUUGUUAGAAGAAUAACGAUCGUUAGCCAAUUUGCUUACUGUUUAUGUUUCAAAACAAGAUUGUGGACAAGGGAUUAGUUCAGAUCUACAACAGAUGUAGUAAGCUUUAAGCCGGAAGAAAUUAACCAAUUGUAAUCGAAUUAUAGGAAAAUAAUCAAUUGUGAUUGGCCAAUUUCUUACGGCUUAAAGCUUAUUACACCUGUUGUAGAUUCGGGCGUAUGGUUCAAAAAUAAUCGAUUAUGGUUGGUCAAUUAGCUUACUACUUAUGUCUUACAUGCAGACUUUAUGCUAUUAUAGAACGGUCUUUAAAUAUAAGAUCUUACUAUGAAUAUCGUCCAUAGCACCCGGGCUCAAGGGAACCGAAUGUGUGUGUGUGUGUGUGCGUGCGUGUGUUCGUGUGUGUUUGUGUUGUGUUUUAUCCUCCGUUGAUGCUGUUGUAUCACAGAACGAAGCAAUCGUUCUCAUUUUAAGGUACAAAGUGUGAUUUAUCAAAUGUUUUUCGCAAGAAUCGUCGCGUGUUUCUCGAUUUUCCAAGGAUAUCCAUAAGGCAUUGUUAAGCUCGCGAACUCGGUGAUGUAAGAAGAAUAUUCCGAUUAUAUCAUUAUGUGUCUGUAAUCAAAUAUAACGUUUCUUUUCCGGACGUGUUGUGUACGAUAGAGUGGCGGUCUUUAGCUUAUAAAUAAUUUAUUAAAAAUACGUUAAAUAUAUAUUACAUUA